AUGUCCACAGCUAGCACCAACACCGCGGAACUCCCCAAGACGCAAGCAGUCUCCAGCUUCACCGAAGUGGGAGACUUUGACAAGAUCACCUUUGACACCAACUACCCCACACCGCAAAUUACUACGCCCCACGAUAUCAUCGUCAAAAACGCCUACUCCGGCAUCAACUUCAUCGAGGCAUACUUCAGAAAGGGCAUCUACCCUGCCCAGGAGAAACCAUACGUGUUUGGCCGCGAAGCCAGCGGAACCGUGGUCGCCGUGGGAUCAUCCGUCACCAGCUUACAGGUAGGUGACAAGAUCGCCUAUUUAGCCCCGCAGACAUUUGCCCAAUACACCAAGAUCACCACCGACAACUUCAGAUACAUCAUCUUGCCCGCAGACUCCAGCGACGCCGACUUGAAAAUCUACGGCAGCUUGUUCCUCCAGGGAUUAACGGCACUCACGUUGAUCAACGAGGCGUACAAAGUCAACCAGGGUGACUAUGUCUUGGUAUGGGCCGCCGCUGGUGGCGUAGGCAAGAUCUUGGUGCAAUUGAUCUCACAGAUUGGAGCCCACGUGAUUGCCGUCGCUUCGACGCGUGCAAAGCUCGAAAUCGCCCAAGGGCUCGGCGCGCAGUACGUGAUUAACUCCAGCACCGAUGACGUUGUCGCGAAAGUCGAUGAGAUUACGGGUGGUAAAGGUGUCGCGGCAUCGUUUGACUCGGUUGGCAAGGACACGUUUGAAGCUUCACUUGGCGCGUUGGCGCUCAAGGGAUCGUUUGUAUCGUUUGGAAACGCUAGUGGGCCCGUGACGCCAUUUCCCUUGAGUCGCUUGUCGGCUAAGAAUACGAAAUUGACGAGACCUACUUUGAUGGGGUACAUUGCCACGAAAGAGGAGUGGGAUCAUUACUCGCAUCAGUUGUUGGAGUUGGUUCGAAGCGGCAAGUUGAAGUUUGACGUGAGCAAGACGUAUGAUUUGAAGGAUUACCAACUUGCUGCAAAGGAUUUGGAGAGCAGAGCCACUACUGGUAAGUUGACUUUGAAAAUUCCCGAGUAA